CAAAGAGGUGUAACGUGGGGGGUACGGUGUGUCGGGCCCGGGUGGCGAAGGCGAAAGUAUGCCGCGUAUAUAAGGCGACGAACCGUCGGCAAUCAGCAUCCAGUUCACUUCUGGACGCACCUGGAAUAUCUCGAGAGCAAAAAUGAGAGUCCUGGUCUACACGACAGCGAUCGCUUUGUUGGUCUCGUGCACAUGGGCCGAGGAGAAGACGGCUGAGAGAGCGGACGCUUCUGCGGAGGACAAAUCGACGAAGAAGCAGGAGAAACGGGGCCUGUUGGGUCUCGGUUACGGCUACAGUUACGACGGUGGCUACGAUAUCGGAGCUGGUGGACACGGUGGCCUGGAACUGAGCGGCUACGGCGGCUACGGCGGCUACGGCGGCUAUGGCUACGGUGGCUACGAACACGGUGGACACGAACACGUGAAGACCGUGACCGUCGUCAAGAACGUGGCUGUUCCAUACCCCGUGGAGAAACACGUGCCGUACCCCGUGGAGAAGCCAGUACCAGUCCCCGUGAAGGUUCCAGUACCGCAGCCUUACCCAGUCGAGAAGCCCUAUCCAGUCAAGGUUCUUGUCAAGGUUCCAGUACACAUACCGCAACCGUAUCCCGUGGAGAAGAAGGUCCCAUAUCCGGUACACGUACCCGUCGAUCGUCCGUACCCCGUCAAAGUUUUGGUACCGCAGCCCUACCCCGUGGAGAAACACAUACCGUAUCCGGUGAAGGUACCGGUGCCACAACCGUAUCCGGUCGAGAAACCAGUCCCAGUGCCGGUCAAAGUUCCGGUCCACGUACCAGCACCCUAUCCGGUGGAAAAAUUGGUCCCAGUGAAGGUCCCCGUCGACCGUCCAAUUCACGUGCCAGUACUGAAACCGUACCCGGUGCACAUCGAAAAGCCGGUGCCGUACGCGGUGGACAGGCCAGUGCCGGUUCCAGUCAAAGUACCAGUCGACAGACCGUACCCAGUCCCAGUUGAGAAGCCAGUCGCUGUGCCGGUGAAGGUGCCGGUGCCACAACCGUAUCCGGUUGAGAAGCCAGUACCUUACCCGGUCGAACGACCCGUUCCGGUCGAAGUUAAGGUCCCGGUUGACAGACCGUAUCCGGUUCACAUCGAGAGGCCGGUGCCAUACCCGGUCGAGAAGCCUGUCCCCGUUCCGGUCAAAAUACCAGUCGCGGUUCCGGUACACCACGACCACGGUUACAGCAGCGACUGGGCCGGUGGCUACGGUUAUCAUUAAGCACGUACCAAUCGUGUCGGUUUUUGAUUGCCGUUUGAACAAACAUCGUGUCAGAUGGUAAUUACACGCCGGCGACAUCAGGCAAUCGACAAGCAGUUUUAGGUAACACAUUAGGAGAGAAAAGGAGAAAUGAAAUUCAUUGACGAGACAGUAGGGAGAGGGCGGUAUUCGAUGGCACGCGUCGAUCCACGUAUUCCUUCCUUUGUAUGUACCUGGAUCGCGACGGGGAUGGACUGGGUUAACGAAGACACACGUCGCACCAGAGGCCGGUCCCUCCGAGGUCGAUCGUACCGAGCCCCACGAAACACGGCGACGACGCGCGUCACCGAUACGAAAAAGAAACCGAGAGAUUCAUUGUUCAUCGAGCCCGUCCUUAGCGAUUCUUCGUUCGACAAACAACUCGCUUAUCUCACCUUCUCUACUUUAUUUUUGUUUUUUUUUCUACCGAAAUAGCAAAAUACAUGUAUUUUUGUACGAAUUAUAAAUAUUAAUAACGUAAAGAAUAUCGAGCCGGC